CAUAGGAAAAAGUUGACCGUUUGGUGAAAUGAGUUCAUUCGGUGAUGUAGGGUUUGUGAACUAAGUGUGAAUGUAACUUUCGUCCCCCAGUAGAACCCACUAGUACUACAGUUAUGAGCAACUGUUUUGUGGUAUUUUGCACGAUCGUUGGUGGUUUAGCAUACUUGCGAGAAUCAGUUUGUGUUCGUGUGCUCAUCCCGAGAUUUUCAUUUGAUUCACUCCAUUGAACAAUCUUCAGGUUUAGCGAACGCGUUGAUAGUGAAGCAGAGAGAUUAGAGUGUGUGGAGGCUUAGGACUUGGAAGAGAUGGAGUUUGUGGUGCGGACUUGGAGUGCGGGGGCGAGGCUUGGGUCUAUGCAACUAGCUGCGGGUGUGCAAAUGGAGACACCGACUUUGUUGCUUCUGACUCGCAAGGGAUUGCCAGCUUUUAUUCCGCCGGACCUGCUUCAAAAUUUGCAUCCUGAUGCGCGUGCUUGCCAAGUUAGUCCUCUUCACUUCUUGGAUAGCCCAUCUGCGAGCAUUGUAGAGACGGCCGGAGGGUUGCACAAAUUUGUCAGCAUGACUGGGUUUGGGAUGGUUGCUUUGGCAAGAGACAGUCUCAUGGAUGAAUCAAACGGGGAGGCAUCUUCCAAGUUGGGCGCUGCUUUUGAGACUACUUCUGGCCGGCGCGUAGUGGGUCCUGCAAAAUAUAUGGAGAUCGUGAACGCUUGCAAACCUGACUUGUGGGUCAGCUUGCCCGACGAGGUGCCAACCUGGGCAGCAGAGAAGCGUAAUCGCCUGUCGGUAGACCGCACCCUCCAAUGGCUGGACCACUGCCUCUCAUUGCAACCCGCAGAGCGUGGUAAUAGGUGCCUAGGUGUUGUGGUCGGAUCGGCCAGUCUCGAUGAAAGGAUCCGGUCUGCGGAACAAACAGCUACUCGUAAUGUAGUGGGAUUUUCUUUAGGUGGGUUUGGAUUGGGUGAAGAUGCUUCACAGCGUGCUCUGCAAAUGGAUGCAGUGAUUGCCAAAUUACCUAAGGAGAAACUUCGUCAUACAAGUGGGCUUGGUUUGCCAGACAUGCCUGUUGAUCACAUUGUGACGUCUGCAGAGGAGGUAUUACAAGCUGUUGAGGCAGGUGUUGAUGUAUUUGACAGCAUAUACCCAUUCAUGUUAACGAAGGGGGGCUAUGCCAUGACUUUCCCCCUUAAUAUGGAGAACUCUCCCGGAAACCUUGAUACUCAACCUAGUGCUUCAGAACUGGCCUAUAUUGGUUCAGAUUCGGCGAAAAUGAACCUUCGUUCUGUUGCCUACAGGCUUGACAAAUCCCCACUCGUGGUUGGCUGCAAAUGCUACACCUGUCAAAGGCACACCCGAGCCUACAUCCACCAUCUAAUCAACACCCAUGAGAUGCUGAGUCAAACCUUGUUGGAGAUACAUAACACAUACCACUAUUUGGAAUUUUUCAAGGCAAUCCGAGACGCUAUCAAGGCUGAUAAAUUCCUUGCCUUCAGAAACUGGUUUACCAGCACAAGAAAGGAAACUAGAGUUCAUUCUCCAGCAUCUAAGAGUCCUACUCUUGUGUUGCAUUAGCUAUUUAAAGGAGACUACACUGCACAAGGGUGAACAAUUUUUGGGAGGCAAAUGAUGGUUUUAUGAAUUUCAGAAUGUGAAACUUGAUUUUUUUUCAAACCAUUAGUCUGAACAGUCUUUGCAAGUUGUACAUUUUGAAAAUGAACAGUUCAAUUUUGUUAAAUUUAAUAAAUGUAGAUUUUGAUGUGGAUGAAGUACUAAGA